CAUUCGCGAGAGAGGUAAAAUCGUACACGAAAGUGUGGCUCUCCCUCGAACGUGUGCCACGAUCACAACUGUAGCCAUUCACGUUUCGUGCCUCGAGAGUGAGAGUUGUGCUGGCAAAGUGGGUGAGAAAAUUGUACCGAAAACGGUGAACAGUGACAGAGAAAAUGUCUGCGGAAAAGCCGAUGGAUAAGUGUAUUAUUGGAGGAACAUCCAAAAUCAUCUACACCACCAACGGUGAUGACAAAUUGGAGGGUCAUUUCAAUUUCGGGCACACAAUCCCGGAACUCACCACCAGCGACACCUGCAAACUACCCUUGCCUCAAGUAACUCCAGAUUCGGGACGAACGAGUCGAGAUUCCUCCACUGACUUUCCCACUGUGAAAGCGUUCAUCAAGAAAAUGGGCACGCUAGCUAUCUUCACCGACAUAUCGCUGUGUCUGCUCUUUCUGCUUUGGGUAAUUCUAGUCGAGCUCGCAAUUAUUCCCUCGAAUAAGAGAGGUUUCAUCUGCGGUGAUAUUUCCAUAGGCUUCAAAUUUAGAGGAGAUACCAUAUCUACUGGUAUGGUUUUAGGCAGUAUUAUCAUACCACUGUUCCUAAUAUGGUUGAUAGAAGCUCUCAAGAUGAGAGGACAUUCCAACAGGCUUCCUCUAUGGAAGCGAUCUCUAUACGUGUCCCUUUACUGGUACAACAAAUUCCUUAUUGGCUUCUCCAUUCACUUAGCCAUUAUUGAAGCUAUUAAGACUCUUAUGGGUGAGUCGAGACCACACUUUUUGGAUUCCUGCCGUCCAGAUACAGCUGUGAAUUGCACAAUUGGAACAUUCAUCAGUGACUUCACGUGUACAAAUACCGAACUAUCUUCACAGUUAGUGAACGACAGCUUCAGAUCUUUCCCAUCGGGACAUGCUUCUGUGGGAUUCUACGAGGCCCUCUUCAUGGCUUGGUUCCUCUACAAGCGCUUCCACUCGGUUCGCAGCAAGUGGGUAGUUCCUCUCUUGCAGACGCUCUGUUUCGUCUGGGGAUCAGCAUGUGCCAUCACUAGGAUCACUGACAAUCGCCACCAUUGGUGGGAUGUUCUCUGCGGGACCUGCAUAGGCCUCGUAUUCGCGGCAUACGCUGCGGGAAUAUUAUGCCAUAACUUCAGAGUCUUCAACAUGAAUUACAGUGAUGAACAUCUCGAAUCAUCGUCGUUGCACGUGCGAAGUGAAAAACUUAUAUCUGUAACGACAAAUGGGAAAGACGAUAUGCACUCUGACACCGAACUGCUGCAAGUGGAAUAUCAGAACGAGAGGAGUGCCAACAGUACACCUCUCUUCGCCGGCUACAGAACCCAGAAUUAUCCAGAAAGACGCGUGAAAUAAACCAGUCAAUUU